AAACCUGAUUUCUGUGUUGACUCUCUUAGUAAAAAUGCGAAAUCUUUGUCUGGUAUUAUUAUUUGAGCGUAUUUUAAGAUCAUCAUCGCACAGCAAGUAUGGCUAUACAGUAGAUGGCAAUUCUUUGCGGAAUCACGAUGACACAGCUAUUUCUCCGGGCUAUAUCCAGAGAGAUAACCAUCCUGACCUUGCAUUAGGAUCUGUUAGUGAUGAUUUUGAUAUCCCCACAAAAUCUGAUGGUGAAGACUUUCCUAAACUAACACCUCAUGGCAAGCAGAGUCUUAAACGUAGUCAUUACAUUAGUAAACUCAUACCCCAAAAUUAUGAUGAUGUUGAUAAACAAAAGCAUGAAAAAGAAAAUGAUGGUAGUGAUAAUAAAAAACUUACUCGAAGGUUGAAUGACGCUAAAGAUGAUGAUAAACAGAAACGUGCUGAAGAAAGUAAUGAUUAUGAUGAUAAUGAAGAACAAGGUGAAGGACUGAAUGAAGGUGAUAAACAAGAAUUUGAUGAUGAAGAAGAUGGUGGAAGACUGAAUGACGCUAAUGAUGAGCAAGCACUUGAUGAUGAAGAAAAUGAUGAUGAUAAUCAAAAACGUUCUGAAGAAAAUAAUGAUUAUGGUGAUAUUGAAGAACAAGGUGAAGGACUGGAUGAGGGUGAUAAGCAAGAAUUUGUCAAUGGAGCUAAUAAAGGUUAUGGUGGUAUUGAAGAACAUGAUGGAAGAUUGAAUGAGGCUAAUGAUGAGCAAGCACUUGAUGAUGAAGAAAAUGAUGAUGAUAAUCAGAAACGUUCUGAAGAAAAUAAUGAUUAUGGUGAUAUUGAAGAACAAGGUGAAGGACUGGAUGAGGGUGAUAAGCAAGAAUUUGUCAAUGGAGCUAAUAAAGGUUAUGGUGGUAUUGAAGAACAUGAUGGAAGAUUGAAUGAAGCUAAUGAUGAGCAAGCACUUGAUGAUGAAGGAAAUGAUAAUGAUAAUCAGAUACGUUCUGAAGAAAAUAAUGAUUAUGAUCAUAUUGAAGAACAAGGUGAAGAACUGAAUGAGGAUGAUAAGCAACAACUUGAUGAUGAAGAAAAUGAUGAUGUUAAUCAGCAACGUGCUGAAGAGAAUCAUGGUAGUAAUGAAAAACCUGAUGAAGGACUGGAUAGUGGUGAUACCGAAGAACUUGAAGAAAAUUAUGAUGAAGAUAUUGAAAAAAAUAAUCAUGGUGAAGCUAAAAAUCGAGAGAUGAUGGAAUUGGGUGACAUAAAUGACGGUAGCGAAGAAAACUUUGAUAAUAUUGUUAGUGACACAAAGAUGGAUAAGACGCACCAAAAAACAGAAGAAUUAAAAGAUUCGAUGAUAUUAGACGUGGAGUAUGACGAAACCGAGGAAAAUGAAGUAAACUUCGUAGAAUACAAGGAUAACUGCCCGAAGGAGUGUCCAGCCCGUCAGGUCAUGGUAUGCGCGCGCUGCCAGCACAAUAUUCACCGUACCUUCCUCAGUAUUUGCCACCUCAGGAUGUUUAACUGCCAGCAUCCUAAUGAGAAGCUGGAACUAGUCAGUCGACAGCCCUGUGUGCAAUCAGCGCCAUUUUUGACUGGCUUUCCUACUGCCAAGGCCAAGAUAUCAGCUCCUGGAGACCAGGACACAGUUUUGAAGUUCAUCCGUUGUAGAGAAAAGGAGAGGUUGGAACGAGAUCCGAGGUGCGCGUUUCGACAAAAAUAAAAUAUGAAUACUUAAAUAAUAAUAGAUAAUAUUAUCUUAUCUAUUUAUUUUUUCGUACUACCCCUACCGGUUAUGUUUUUGCCA